AUAAACUGGAAAAUGAAUUCGAGAUGAUGAAAAAAAGGCAAAACGAAGAAGAAGAAGAAGAAGAAGAGUCGGUUCAGCAAAAAGAUGAAGUAAAUGUAUUGCUAGCGGCUUGGUUUGUGUGUGUCAUUUUUUGGUAUCAGCAGCAGCAGCAGCAGUAUUACUGCAUUGCACUGAGAAAUCGGUUUUUUGGGUUUGGCCGGAAUUUUAAGUUUGUUUUUUCAUCUUUAUUUUCCGUUCCAAAAGAAAAUUGUUCUGAAAAAAAUUCCUUACACCAAUAACAAUUUAAAUCCGUAAUACGUAGUUGAUUCAGUGGACGACACAAAUUGUUGUGAGUUUGUGAAGUUUUACAGGCGACAACAAAUUUAAAGCCUAUUUUUUCUCGCUACAACACACACGCAUAGUAGUGUUCGGUCGACGAAAGAAGUGAAACUUUUUUUUUUUAAUCUGCAAAACAGCGCACAAUCAUGAUCUUGUUAGAAAUAAACAAUCGAAUCGUCGAAGAGACAUUGCUAGUGAAAUUCAGAAAUGCAUUAGCCAAAAAUAAGCCUGACUCAAUUGAUAUCACAAUCGCCGACUUUGAUGGUGUCCUAUUCCACAUUUCAAAUGUAAAUAACGAUAAAACAAAAGUUCGAGUUAGCAUAUCGCUACAAUUUUACAAAGAACUACAGCAGCAUGGGGCCGAUGAACUGCUACGACGGGAAUAUGGAAAUUUGUUGACAGAUGUCGAAGAAGGUUACAAUGUGUCAGUGCUAAUUGAUUUAGACAACAUCCCAUCGGAUUGGGAGAAGGUCGCACAGAAAGUCGGUCUCCUGAAACGUAAUUGCUUUGCCUCGGUAUUCGAAAAGUAUUUCGACUUCCAGGAGAAGGGCGAAAGUGGUAAUAAACGGGCUGUCAUCAACUAUCGAAAGGAUGAAACACUUUAUGUUGAAGCGCAAGCCGACCGGGUGACCGUUGUGUUUAGCACAAUAUUCCGUGAUGAGGAUGAUGUGGUGCUGGGCAAGGUUUUCAUGCAAGAAUUGAAAGAAGGUCGACGAGCUUCACACACAGCGCCUCAAGUGUUGUUUUCGCAUCGAGAGCCACCCUUGGAACUGGCCAACACAGACGCUCGUGUCGGUGAUAACAUUGGCUAUGUAACUUUUGUACUUUUUCCACGACAUACCAAUAAGAAUACACGCGACAACACAAUUAAUUUGAUUCAUAUGUUCCGUGAUUAUCUCCAUUAUCACAUUAAGUGUUCGAAAGCCUAUAUGCAUUCACGAAUGCGCGCCAAAACGAAUGAUUUCUUGAAAGUGUUGAACCGAGCCCGGCCUGAAAUCAAACAACAAGAGAAGAAGACAAUAACCGGCAGAACAUUCAUUCGAAAGGAGUGAUUGCGGAGCGUUGCAAUUGUAAAAUGUUGAUUUAUUUUUUACUUUAAUUCAAACACAAGUUUGUUUUGAUUUUUUUUUCUAUAUGUUCAAUACUAUACAACUAGUGUCAAGUUUAUAAAAAAAAAACAAAAACAACAACAGCAAGAAAAAUACCUAUAGAGAAAAGAGAAGAAGAAAAAAAAUUGGCAAGAAUAAGAUGAAGAAAAAAAGAGAAGAAAUUGCAUAGCAUCAAGAAUAGCGGCAUCAAGUCGCGUAUAUUAUCAUGUCAAAUGAGAAGAGUCACAGAGAGAAUUAAGUAUCUACAGAGAACCGCCAAAACAAAAUUUUCAAUUCGAUUCGAAUAAAAAUUCUUUUUUCUAAUUUAUGAUAAUGCUUUGAUUCGCCAAACAAAAUUUUAAAAAGAGUAACAAGAAAAACUCCAGACAAAAAUACGGUUCGAUUUAAGAUGUAUUAAUAAAAAGAAACAACAACAACAACACGUAA